GCGCGCUGUUCUCCGCCGCUAUAUGAGGCAGCACUCGGGCCCCACGCGGAACCCGAGGCUCCCGGCGAUCCCCGGCACCCCGACCCGCGCGGACCCGAGCCGGACCGACAGUUGCGCAGCGGAGGCCAGCCCGGGGCCGCGAGGGGCGAGAGCCAGGAGCCCCGCUGCGGGCACCAUGGGCGCUGCCCACUCCGCGUCCGAGGAGGUGCGGGAGCUCGUGGGCAAGACUGGCUUUUCAUCAGACCAGAUUGAGCAACUUCAUCGGAGGUUUAAGCAGCUGAGCGGGGACCAGCCCACCAUUCGUAAGGAGAACUUCAGCAACAUCCCCGACCUGGAGCUCAAUCCGAUCCGAUCCAAAAUCGUCCGUGCCUUCUUUGACAACAGGAACCUGCGCAAGGGAUCCAGUGGCCUGGCCGACGAGAUCAACUUCGAAGAUUUCCUGACCAUCAUGUCUUACUUCCGGCCCAUCGACAUCUCCAUGGAUGAGGAACAAGUGGAGCUGUGCCGGAAAGAGAAGCUGAGAUUUCUGUUCCACAUGUACGACUCGAACAGCGACGGCAGGAUCACCCUGGAAGAAUAUCGAAAUGUAAAGUGGUCGAAGAACUGCUCUCAGGAAACCCCCACAUCGAGAAGGAGUCGGCGCGCUCCAUCGCAGACGGGGCCAUGAUGGAAGCUGCCAGUGUUUGCGUAGGACAGAUGGAGCCUGACCAGGUGUACGAGGGAAUCACUUUUGAAGACUUUUUGAAG